CGCGGGGGGAGCAUGCGUUACAAUGCCGCACCGUACGCUGCGCUCUAUUUACAACUCCGAUCAUCAGUGUUAUCGAAACCUGUCCACACAAUAUAAACACUAAUAACAGCUGACUAUGGACGUGCGCGGAAGAACUGUCUACAUUUCAUUCAGGAAAUUCGCCAAGUGACAAAAUGAAAUGGACAAAGUGCGGCUUAAAAUGAUAAUUACCGCGAUAUUCUUUUGUUUAGUGAUGGGCGCGGCGCUUACGGAAGCGCCUGACGAUGCAGAUGUUUGUUUCCGCGUGUCCGGUGAGAAUGGUGCUGUGGAGUGCAAUGUACGGACGUUGUCGUCCGAGAGAGACGUCGGUUCGAUGCACUCGGAAGGCGCGCAGCGGCUCGCCAUCCGCUGCGGCCCGCUGCUGCUAGAGAGCACGCUGCGCGACCACCACUUCGGGAGAAUGCAAGGUUUGGCAGAGAUAACCAUAAACAAUUGCAAAAUUCUCCGUCUUCCUGGCAAUGUCUUCGAAGGUCUGCGGGGCCUCAAGACUUUGAGGAUACGCUCUAUGAACACCGAUUGGAAUAACAAUAAAGAGCUAGAGUUAUCUUUAGGCGCAUUUAACGGACUCAGAGAACUGCACACACUAGAUUUAGCAUACAACAACAUUCGAAAGAUACCGUCGGACCUGUUCUGUGCGUUGGAAAAUAUAAUUUCACUAAACUUGACGCGUAACAAGAUCAAGUUCGUAGACGAACUAGGCUUUGGCCACAAAUGUGGUUCUACAUUGCAGACCAUAGAUUUGAGCCACAAUGAUAUAAUGUCCCUCCCCGCUGACUCUGAAAUUUUACAUCUUAGAAGACUAACACAAUUGUUUCUUCAAGAUAAUAAAAUAAGUGAAUUGCCGGUUGAUGUUUUCAGUGAUCUACUUUCGUUGAAAGUUGUAAACCUUUCCGAUAACGCAAUAAAUUACUUACCAGAAGGGUUGUUUCAUAAUACGAGAGAAAUUCGAGAAAUUUAUAUGCAGAAUAACGAGCUGGAAGCUUUGCCCAAGAGAAUAUUUAAUCGGUUGGAACAAUUGCUCGUUUUAGAUCUUUCGGCGAAUAAAUUGAAGAGCGACCACAUAGAAGAUGAAACGUUCAGUGGUCUAAUAAGAUUAAUCGUGCUCGACCUGUCCCACAACAUAGUCGCACGCAUCUCGCACAAUAUGUUCAAAGACUUGUUUUUUUUACAAAUCCUCAAUUUAAACAACAAUUCUAUUGGGCAUAUCGAGGACAAUGCCUUUUUACCACUUUUUAAUCUUCAUACUCUCAAUUUGGGCCAAAACAAAUUGCACACUAUAGAGGAUCACGUGUUUAACGGACUGUUUAUUUUAAAUAAGCUUACUUUAAAUAAUAAUUUAUUGUCUUAUGUCAGUGAUAAUGCAUUUAAAAAUUGUUCAGACCUAAAAGAAUUAGAUUUAAGCUCCAAUAAAUUGACCAAAAUUCCAGAAGCCAUUUUACAACUACCGUUUUUGAAAUCGUUAGAUUUGGGGGAGAACUUGUUGACAGAAAUAACAAACAGUACGUUCCAAAACCUAUCGCAGUUGACCGGGUUGCGCUUAAUUGACAAUCAAAUUGGAAACCUUACAGCGGGAAUGUUUUGGGGCUUGCCUAGCUUGCAGGUACUCAAUUUGGCGAAAAAUAAAAUACAGUCGAUUGAGACUGAAACCUUUCAAAAGAACACGCAAUUGGAAGCCGUUCGCCUCGAUAGCAACUUCAUUUCUGACAUAAAUGGUGUUUUUGUAGCUUUGACGAAAUUAUUAUGGUUGAAUUUAUCUGAAAAUCAUUUAGUUUGGUUUGAUUACGCUUUUAUACCUGGCAGUUUGAAAUGGCUGGAUAUCCACGCUAACUUUAUUGAAAUACUUGGUAAUUAUUAUAAAAUUCAGAAGGAAUUACACGUGAAAACAUUAGAUGCUAGUCAUAACCGUUUAGUAACUUUAUCUGCGAUGUCUAUACCGAACAGCGUGGAGCUUCUGUUUAUAAAUAAUAACUUGAUAUCGAGUAUAGAGACAGAUACAUUUUUAGACAAGAGAAAUUUAACUCGCGUCGAUAUGUAUGCCAAUGAGAUUGAAAGUUUGGACAUAGAUAGUUUGCGUGUUUCGAGAGUGGCUGACGAUAGAGCGCUACCAGAAUUUUACAUUAGUGGUAAUCCCUUCCGUUGUGAUUGCACAAUGAAAUGGCUUUUACUUAUCAAUUCUGUAACUUCUAGAGAAUAUCCACGUGUAAUGGAUUUAGAAAAUGUGAUAUGUAAAGAGUCUUACGUACGAGGUGCCAAGUAUCUCCCCGUUAGUUCAUUACUUGUUAAAGAUUUCUUGUGCAAAUUUGAAACUUUUUGCGAGGAUAGUUGUAAAUGUUGCGAUUUCAUCAACUGUAAUUGUAAAACUGUGUGUCCUAUUAAUUGUUCUUGUUAUCACGAUUCGUCUAAAACAACCAGCGUCAUUGAUUGUUCGGUGAAACAAUUAUAUGCGCUACCUCACGAUUUUCCAAAAGACGCUACUCAUAUUUAUUUAGAUGGAAAUGUUUAUAAUGAAAUAAACGAGACUGUUUUCAAUCCAAUGAGAAACGCUAUUGUUAUUUAUUUAAAUGCAAGCAAUAUUGUUCAUAUACAUAACAAUACAUUUAAUCAAGUAGGUGCUCUGAAAAUUUUGCAUUUAGAUAACAAUAAAAUAAGUCGUUUAUUGGGCCCCGAGUUUUCGAAGCUAAGCAACUUGAAAGAAUUGUAUCUUCAGAGUAAUGUUAUUGAGUAUAUAUCGAAUGAAACGUUUUCCUCUUUAGGGGCUCUGGAAAUUUUACGCUUGGAUGAAAACAGGCUCGUGAAUUACGGACUGUGGCACCUAGAUAAUAACAAAAAGUUGCAAACCCUUUUUAUUGGCAGUAAUAAUUGGUCUUGUGACUGCAAAUAUUUGCAAGGCUUUUUAACAUAUGUUUCUCAAAAUGUUGAAAAAGUGGUUGAUAUCAACAGUUUAUGGUGUAUAAAUAAUAAGCUGAACUCAGCAAAGAAGUCAUUGAAUUUAAAUGUGACAAUUUGCAGCGAAAUAAACGAUACUUCUAUGAUAAGCGCGUUUUUCGUUUCAAAUAACCUGCCUUUGCUGGCGUCCGUUCUUACUGGGUUCAUGCUUAUUUUAUUAAUAUUAGCUUUAGUGUUCACGUUUAGAUAUGCUUGCAGAAUGUGGCUGUAUUCGAAUUGCGGCAUUAAGCUCUCCCCCCUUGCCGGUGCCUUCAAGGAUACUGAUAAGCUUUAUGACGCUUAUAUUUGUUAUAGUCCUAAAGACGAGGAGUUUGUUGUAGAAUCAUUAGCAAGAGAACUCGAGAAUGGGUACCCUUCGUACCAUCUCUGCCUCCAUUAUAGAGACGUACCUCAAUUUGAAGCGACGUACGCACAAUUUCCUGAUUUAGUGGUUGAGGCAACGGAAGCCUCGAGGCGUAUUAUAGUAGUUUUAACGAAAAACUUUAUCUUGACCGAAUGGUCACAGAUAGAGUUUCGACAGGCCCUACAGAAAGCGCUUCGAAAGAAUCCACAUAAAUUAAUAAUAGUCGCCGUAGGGCUCGUCCCACGAGAUCCGGAACUGAAGUCGUAUUUUAAAACGGGUUUGGAGAUAACGUGGAAAGAGAAACGAUUUUGGGAGAGGUUACGUUAUGCUAUGCCAAUGUCGAAGCGCCACGGGCAAAAGUUAAAAAGACUCAAUUAUGGAAGAAAUUCUAAUACUUACACUGUGGACGCGUCUGUGUUGAAUAGCACUUGUCAGACGUUAUGUGGAAAGUCCGCCAAUUCCGCCGAACGAUCGCCUUGUGACCGCCCACUUUCAGAACAUAUCUAUUCCACUAUAGACUCGGACUAUUCUUCCACAGAUUUCCACGGUCGUAACCAUCAGCCACAGUCCGUAGUGUUGCACCACACUGUCCAAACGUACCUGGUAUAAAGGACCUCACUAAACUAACCCUAAACGAUCUCCAUAAUUGAUCUGUAAGCCUUAGACGUAGCCUUAGGCGAUCGCUAAACAUUGUUUUGUUAUAGACGAAAUUCGUCCGAUGUUGUAAAUAUAUAGAACUUUAUAAUCUAUUUCUAAUAAUUAUGUAACUUUUGUACAAUGAUACCAAAUUUCGCAUUUCAAACGACAUGCUUCUUCGUAUUUAUUACUUUUUUAAUAAAAAGUUAUGAGUAUUAAUUGGAAAGACUGUAAAUUAUUGUGUAGAUGUAUUUCGAUUGGCUGA